CGUCAUUCGCUCGUUUCGAGCUGUCAAGAUAAGAACAAAUUUAUAAAUCCAAUUUGAUUCAUUAUCCGUUUUCCAAAAGCUGAUUUCUCUAGUAAGAUGUGAAUCUUGUAGCUUUAGUUCAUGUUUGUUUACUUUCAUAUUGCCGCAAAUAUGGCCUCUUGUAAUUCUCACAGUAAUCAGCUUACUGAUAAAAGAGAAGAAAGGCGAAAGCAGGUAAUGAUUGGUGAACUUCCUUCGGACUUUCUCAGAGUUUCCCCAAUUUCUGCCGAACAACAAUUAGCAUUGGAUGAACAAGCUGCUUUAGCACUUCAACAACAAUUGUCUGGAAGUACACUUGCAUCACCUGUUGCUGGACGAAUAACCAUUACUGUAGUUGAGGCAAAGCUAAAUAAAAAUUACGGUAUAGCUCGUAUGGAUCCAUAUGUGCGAUUAAGGAUUGGACAAACAGUCUAUGAAACAAAUACUGAUUAUAAUGGUGCCAGAAAUCCCCGAUGGGACAAAAGUUUUCACUGCUUUUACUUUGCAAAUGAUACUUGCAUUCACAUAGAAAUAUAUGAUGAAUGUGCUUUUUCUUUGGACGAGAAAAUUGCAUGGACAGAUUAUGAAAUUCCAGACCCAGUACUUCAAGGUCAGAGUACAAAUGAAUGGAUUGAACUAUCUGGAAAACUUGGUGAAGGAAAAGAAGGUUCUAUUAAGCUUGUCAUCACUUGUCAACCGAUACCAAGUGGAACCUUGUUGUAUCAUCCCCAGCAGAUAGUUACUGUUAUGCCCUAUAACUCUUCUGUGAAGACAGAUGGCAGUACAGAAUAUCAACCUGGUUCUUUGCCAAAUACUCAGCCUUCAAGAAUUGAUGCAUCUAAUGUAAGUUCACAACAGCCAAUUGAAAUAUCAGAAGAAGAUUUAAAACAGAUCAAAGAAAUGUUUCCAAAUAUUGAAGAAGAUGUAAUACGAACAGUUCUGGAAAGCAAUGGUGGAAAUAAAGACCAUACAAUAAAUUCUUUAUUAGCACUUAGUGAAUAAAAAAUUCUGUUUUCAUGUUUCC